AUGAACCACAAAAGAAUUGGAAAACAAUAUCCACUUACCUCGUACUCAAUGCAAGAACGAAAUCGGCAGCCGAGAUUGUCCGAUGUCCAAGAGGGUUCUUCAGGGGACGACGAUGAAUUUGGGGAUUUUAAAAUUGAGAUAUUUCCUCAUGAUUUCCGAGCUUCCGGCCCUAGAAUCCCAUUCACGACAGACGUGGCGACCAGUACUCCGACCACCUCCGCGCCGGCGACGGCACUGGCCUGUGCCAGGCCCCCAAAGCUCACCGCCUCCUCGAUUCCCUUCUCCGCCGACUCGAUCUCUUUCUCCGCCGUCACGACCCCCUUCUCGGCCGCCUCGAUCCCCUUCUCCGCCGCCACCAUUCCCCUGUCCACCGCCUCGAACCCUUCCUUCACGAUCUGCUCCGCCUCCUCCUCCGCCUUGCGCAGGCCCCGCCGCAGCCCGAAGAGCGGUAUGUCCUGCGCUCCGGCGGGCAUCUCAACCGCCGUCAGCGCCGCCGUGGCGGCCGUGAGCAGCACCAGGCAGUGCCUCCGCGUCGGAAGCGCCACCGGCGCGUGUUUUCUAGCGUGCGCCGGUUGA